AUUUGGAAAAUACAAAUUAUUCUUGGAAUAAAAUGCAAGAAAUCUUGAAAUUUUAAGAAAAAUGUCAACUCAUGGGAAUCAACCAACCUACCUCUUCUCCUCUUUCUCCAAUAUUUCUGAGGAUAAUAUUAGAUCUUCUAAUUCCAGGAAUCCUAUUCCACAAACAACUCUGAGAAAACAGAACUGGAGUCAAAACAAAGGACCUGUAGCCUUCAACCUUGAAUCUUCUCAUUCUACAACAUUAAACCAUCUACUCAAAACUACAAAAACCAACAACAUUCAAAGAAACAACAGCUACCUUAGGAGUAGAACCAGCCACAGGGGAAGAAACAACAGCAACAACCAGAUAGAUACUGCUAGUAACUACAGUUUAUCAUCCAGUAACUACAAUGUAACAGCCAGUAACUACAAUGUAACAGAUAGUAAAUACAGUUUGACAGCCAGCCUCUACAGUUUAACAGAUAACAGUACAGAUGAACUGAUGCAUGUACUCAACUUAAAUACAGAUUCAAUGAGGUGA